CAUGGCCGCUUGCAAUGUUUGCGUGAUCUGUUUCUGGGUACUCAUGGCUGAGAAUGCAGUUGGGGCAUUUGAGACCAAGGCUGCCCCACGUUUUCUACCUUCAAAAUACUUUACAUCCCUUAUUAAAGGCAAGCCAUCACAACAAGAAAAGAUGGAGAAGCGUGUUCAGGACAUCGAAAAGACAAUCGGGAGUCUCUUUUAUCUCAAUGAAAACAAAGAGCGUCGUCUUGGAUACCUGGAGACCACAAUAGCCAAUCUGACGUCCAAGUUUGAUGUCGACUGUGGUUCACCGACUCCUUGUGACGACACAGACGUUGUCUACAGUUCAACAGGUCUAUAUGCCGUCGCAAACUACAAGUGCAAGAAGGGUUUGCUGAACAUCACUCCAGAGCAGGAGGUGAUGAGUUUCUGCGAGACAGACGGGUCCUGGACGAAGGUCAAAAUGAAGUGUGCAAACAUAUCGAGUUGUUGGUGGAUAUCUCAACGACAAGCGGCAUAUACUGGAACUCAAUCAACGACCAGUUCCGGCAAGAUCUGCCAGCGAUGGGAUUCUCAAGAGCCCCACACUCACGAGUACACAGACGAUGACAAGUUCGUUAUCUCAGGCUUUGACGCUCCUCAAAAUGUAACAGGAUCUGCUAACUACUGCCGUGACCCAUCACGUGACGGGUAUUUGUGGUGUUACACCACGGAUUCCGAUGAUCGGUGGGAAACGUGUGAGGUCCCUCUGUGUAACCCGUAGCACUGAAUUGAAUAGAAGUACGACACUGGCCCAAAGGAUCUCUCCUACCGACUUUCAACAACACGUUUGUCCUAUUUUCAUUCAUUGGAAGGGAGACAGCUGCAACAUUGCUAAUGCGCCGUCAAUCAAUAGCCACUCACUUACUCAACAGUUUAACAUUGGUGACAUUUUUUUAUUUUUAAAAAAAUUGUUUUUAUUCAUUCCAGAGGGUACAUAGUCAUCGUAUCACAAGAGGCAUCAAAUUACAUGUUAAUUAUAAUGAGGAAAAUGUACAGGAAGUGAUAUGACAGUAGGUUCACCUUUCAUACUUUGUAAUAAUUGUAAGAGAUAUAAGGAUUAAUUGAUUCAGGAAGCUAAUCCGCCUGCGUUAUGGUUUUCUCCAAUAAACUCCAUUUUUUAGAGAAAGAACUAAUUGUUCCGUUUUGGUGACAUUGGUGACAUUUGUUAAUACGCGAUACUGUCACUACAAUGGAGAUACUGCAACAACAACAACGGCAUCAGUAGUAUCCCAACCAUGUUCAAUGAUGGAUUUCUACAGCGAGAGACCUGAUAGGUUCUAUUGAAGGAAAACCUGUAAUUUCGUGUUUUUGCAAAAUAAACAUCUGUCAGUGUCA